CACAAAAUAGACUUGCACACAAAAAGGAGAGGAAAUCAACAAUCAUGGUUGAUAGAAUAACUCUGCAUUCUUUCUGCUUGCAACAAAAAAGCGUAGCGGACGAAGUGGAAUCAUUGCGUAAAAAGUUGUCGUUUCCUUGGUAACAGCGACUUUUGAUUUCAACACGGAUCUGCCCAAGGAGUACGAGAAACAUGCCGAGCACGAUCGGCGGUUUCGGCGGGCAGGAGAUGAAAAUUGCAUGUGCGUCGCACGUUUUAUGCGUGUCAUGCGACGAUGAUAGGUCGGUCCUGAAUGGGGCGAAGCGGUCGUCUUCGUCUAGUACGGCACCGAAAAAGCCACUAGCGGAGCGUCUGCGACUCGCAUCCCUGAAGAUCCAGGCUGCAUGGAUUGCUGACGGCCGUGAGGUCGAUUACAGUGGGCUCCAGUCAUCCCCAGAGUGGGCAGAGUUCCUGGACAUAACCUCAGAACUAUCGUCGCCCGAAAGCGGCGAGGAAUUACAGACGUCAAGUUGUCUUGAAGCGAUUACAGAAGAAGGAGGACAAGGAGAACAAGAAAAGACACCUAAAAAUGACGCCGCGGACGAUUGUUCUCGACCAGUAAUGCCGUUUGACGAAAACGAGCGGAAAGCAUUCUUGAUCAAUUUGUACAACGUGUUGAUGAUGCAUGGUUUGAUACACCAUGGCUUGGUCGAGAAGAAACACCCGAUUCAAGCCGCCCAAGCAGCAGGAAAAAAGGUGACCUUCUUCGAUGACAUAGCCUACGAGAUCGAUGGGCAGCGGCUGAGCCUUGACGACAUAGAACACGGAUUGCUUCGUGGAAACGCCAAAAAGCGAUUUGAAACAGGUACUUACAACUUCCUUGAGAUAAUACAUAGAUGAUACUUGUACUAGCACUCCAGCUUAUUAAGGACUUCUAGCAUAAGCAUUUAUUUUGUAGUUUGGUUCAUGUCCGGCAUGGUUGGUUUAUCUGAGCGCAUUCUCAUCCGCCGCAAAUUUCCUUUGAUACAAUCACUGUGCUACAACAACAGCUGAUCCGCGUUUUUGGUGGGUGCUGCCUUUGGACCCGAGAAUACAUUUUGCGCUUGUUUGCGGCGCAAAAGGUUGUCCAGCGAUUCAAGUGUAUAGUGCAGCCAACCUGGAACGCGGACUCGAGAGUGCGGCGCGCACUUUCUUACGAGGGGAAACCCAGAUGACCGUGGGACCAUUCGGUCCGGAGGGGGAGCCUCGCCUUGGCGUGGCCACGUCUAUGCUUUUCAAGUGGUAUGGAGACGAUUUCGGCCUAGACGACGAAGAACGAAUAGCAUUCAUAGCAAGCUACUUAGAAGACGAGAAACGAGAAAAGAUUUUGGCUGCCGCAGCGGGCGGUGGAGAGCAGGCCCCUGCACUCAUAUUCAACAAAUACGACUGGUCACUCAACACUGGGACAUAGACAUUCAGGAAAACGCACUAGCAUGAAGAACCAUUUUUUACGCAAUAUCACAAAUUCAAUGAAUGACAAUGUUGAGUCAAGAUCAUGCCGUGGUGACUGACGCAACACAUCGCUGAAAGAAACAGACAGCUUUUCUUCAGUAAAGAAAACUGAAC